AUGUCGCCGCCCUCGACCCUUGCAUCCGCAGGCGCUGCCAGCAGCAGCAAAACAACGACCAAAACGCUGGGUCACGAUACGACGUCAGACAGCGACAGCACCCUGUCCGAGUCGAGCGAAGAGCCCAGCAGCGACGAGAGCUCAAGCGAAGAGGAAGACGACAACGACGACGAUGAUAGUGCCGACGACACAGAAAUGGCGCUCGACGAGCCAGCAGGCCCAGACGGCGUCGUAAACCUGCGCGCCAACAGAGGCAAUAAGCCAACCAUGAAGCUGAGCGCACUCGAAAUGGGCCCCGACAUCAGAGGCUUUCUCAAGGAUUUCCUGCCCAAGCUCAAGGCCGCCAAUGAAGAGCUCGACGCUCAGAAAAAGGCGGGCACACUCAGGAGUCUGGAUGCCGGGGACCAGCAAGACGGCGAGCCGUAUAUUGAAAUGGAUCUGGGGCUCGGCGUCCUCGAGGAGAAAGACGCCAAUGCGACUAGCGACACGGACGGUGAAAGCGACACCCAAGACAGCAACACAGAAAAGGACGUUUUGGGCAAACUCAUGGGGCGGCAGCAGAAGCAGGACCCGGCCGGCAUCGAGGUGCUUCAGAACACAACCUCAUGA